CCAAGGCUCAUGUGUAGAGGCUACUCAGAGGUAUAAAAGACCUGAAGCCCAGAGAACGAAGAGGUCUGGCGGAAAAGAUUGUCACAAGAGAACUCCCCUGGGACUGAAAAAGGUAGCAUGGCUUGCUAUGGGAAGUGUGUUGGAGUGCCCCUGUUUGUCUUGUCCUUGAUCAUUCACAAUGUGCAUUCAGAUCAAGAUAGAGACAUGACACAAGGUUGUCACGAGUGUAAACUCAAAGAGAACAAAUACUUCUCCAAGCCAGGGACUCCGAUUUUCCAGUGUGUGGGCUGCUGCUUUUCAAGAGCUUAUCCCACUCCUUUGAGAUCCAAGAAGACCAUGCUGGUUCCCAAGAACAUUACUUCAGAGGCAACAUGCUGUGUAGCGAAGGAUUUUAAAAAGGUUAACCUCAUUGAAAACUCCAACCUGAAGUUGGAGAACCACACAGACUGUCACUGCAGCACCUGCUACUACCAUAAAUCCUAAAAAUGUUACCAUAAACAUAACACGCCAUGUAAACCUUUACAUUUAACUUAUCUGUUGUAUAUAUAUAUAUAUAUAUAUAUAUAUAUAUAUAUAUAUAUAUAUAUAUAUAUAUAUAUAUAUAUAUAUAUAUAUAUUCAUCUUUUGUUUAAGUCUGGAUAUCUAUUUAAAGCCUGCACCUGAAACAUAUCUAUCUAUAGAACUUUUAUUUUCUGAAAAUGAUACCCCAGAAUAAAUAAAUGCUUGAAGUGGAGAAUUGCAA